GAGCACUAAACCCUCUUCAGAGGAGUGGGUGGGGUCUUUCGACAGGAUUGUGGAGAGGCCUCCUAGCUUAGGGAGCACUAGUUUCCACUCUGGUUCUGAGGGGCGGGGGAGCUGGCUUUUGGAGGCGCAAAUGAAGCGGGUGUGGGCCGGGAUCUGGAAUCUGUGGCCUUGUGGAUGUGUGGCAGGGGUGGCUGACACCAGGAGAUGGACUUCAAGACCAAGAAGUUGUGAAAGAAAGAUAUAAAGGAUAGUGGGUACCAUGAGGUAAAUUGCUGGCCACUGUGGCAAUGAGUCCAGAUUCUGUAGACAGCACUCUGAAGAUACCAUCUCAUUGUCUUCUGGCUUUCACUGUUGCUCUUCAGAAGUCUGUUAUCUGUUUCAUUGUUGUUCCUUCUACUUGCCUUCAAGGUGUUCAAAUAAGGAGUUAUCUCCAAAAAAUCACACUAACAAAUCAGAAUUAUCUCAAUGGGAAAUGAGUGGCAGGCUUGAAAACUGAGCCUGAGACCAAUUCUAGAGGAUAUUUGGAAGUCAAAGACAAAGAAGCAAUGAGAAAAUCAGAAGGAAUAUUUCAGGAAAGGGAUGAUUACAUAUGACAGAAUGUCCAUUUACAACCAACAUACUUAUUUAUCUCCACAUCCAAUAUGUUAUUCUAUAGAGAAGCCCUAUGCAUGUAAGGAAUGUGGGAAAGCCUUCAGAAGAGCUUCACACCUCACGCAACAUCAGAGUAUUCACACUGGUGAGAAACCCUAUGAAUGUAAGCAGUGUGGGAAAUCCUUUAGUCGUGAUUCUCAGCUAAGUCUUCAUCGGAGACUUCAUACUGGCGAGAAACCCUAUAUGUGCAAGGAAUGCGGGAAGGCUUUUACUCAAAGCUCACAACUUAUUUUACAUCAUAGAAUUCAUACUGGUGAAAAACCAUAUAAGUGUGAAGAAUGUGGGAAAGCCUUUAUUCGAAGCUCACAACUCACCCGACACCAAAAGGUCCACACUGGUGAGAAACCUUACAAAUGUAAAGAGUGUGGAAAGGCUUUUACUCAGAACUCACAACUUACUCUGCACCAGAGGCUUCAUACUGGUGAGAAGCUUUAUGAAUGUAAAGAAUGUAGGAAGGUCUUUACUCAGCUUUCACAGCUUAUUCUCCAUAGAAGAAUUCAUACUGGUGAGAAACCCUAUGAAUGUAAGGAAUGUGGGAAGGCUUUUAUUUGUGGUUCACAGCUUUCUCAACAUCAGAAAAUUCAUAAUGGAGAAAAGCCAUAUGAAUGUAAGGAAUGUGGGAAGGCCUUUAUUCGAGGUUCACUGCUUAUGCAACAUCAAAGAAUUCAUACUGGUGAGAAACCCUAUAAAUGUGAAGAAUGUGGGAAAGCCUUUAUCCGUGGUUCCCAACUUACUCAACAUCAGAGGAUUCAUACUAAUGAAAAGCCCUAUGAAUGUAAGGAAUGUGGGAAGACCUUUAGUCAUGGCUCACAACUUACUCAACAUCAGAGAAUCCACACUGGUGAGAAACCCUAUCAGUGUAAGGAAUGUGGGAAGGCCUUUAAUCGUGGCUCACUCCUUACCCGACAUCAAAGGAUUCACACUGGUGAGAAACCCUAUGAAUGUAAAGAGUGUGGAAAAAACUUUAGUCGGGGCUCAGAACUUACCCAACAUGAAAGAAUCCACACUGGUGAGAAACCUUAUGAGUGUAAGGAAUGUGGAAAGUCUUUUAUUCGUGGCUCACAGCUUACACAACAUCAAAGAAUCCACACUGGUGAGAAACCUUAUGAAUGUAAAGAAUGCAGAAUGGCCUUUACUCAGAGUUCACAUCUUUCUCAACAUCAGAGACUUCAUACUGGUGAGAAACCCUAUGUGUGUAAUGAAUGUGGGAAGGCUUUUGCUCGUGGUUUACUGCUUAUACAACAUCAGAGAAUCCAUACUGGUGAAAAACCAUAUCAGUGUAAGGAAUGUGGGAAGGCCUUUAUUCGUGGUUCACAGCUUACUCAACAUCAGCGCACUCACACUGGAGAAAAACCAUAUGAAUGCAAGGAAUGUGGGAAGGCCUUUAGUCAUGGUUCCCAACUUACUUUACAUCAGAGAAUCCACACUGGUGAGAAGCCUUAUGAAUGCAAAGAAUGUAGAAAGGCCUUCACUCAGAGCUCACAUCUUUCUCGGCAUCAGCGAAUUCAUACUGGUGAAAAACCGUAUCAGUGUAAGGAAUGUGGCAAGGCCUUUACUCGUGGUUCACAAUUAACUCAACACCAGAGAAUUCAUAUCAAUGACAAACCUUUUGACUAUAUGGAAUAUGCAAUAGAUUUUACCCAUCAUUCACAAAUUUUUAUCUGAAUUAUCUGAUUUUUUGCAAUUAGCAUAGCUUUCCCUGGUCAUUCAUUACCUGUAAUGAAUUCUUAUAAAUAUGAAUGUCUCAUGAAAUUCGGCAUUUGAGAAUUUAGAUGCAAGAAUAGAAAUGCUAAUAUCCAUACAGGAGAGUCUUUCAUUACUAGAACCAUAUUAUAUUUUAGCAAAUUAAAAUAGAAAAGAAUUCUGUUAAUGUAGUGAAUAUACAAAGGUCUCUAGUCAUAGAAAAUGUCUCCGUCAACAUUAACGUGGUUCUACCAGGUGGUUUCCUUUGUGGCAUUUAUCAUAAGUAACCUUUACUUUGGUUUAACCAUUUGUAAGAAAGAUCUAAGAACAAUGGGGGUUUUGUAAGAUUCUUAGAAAUAUAAUGUUAUCAGAUGUAAAAGCACUUAGAACAGUGCCUUGAACAUAACAUGUCACAAAUAUUAGGCACAAUAUUCAUUAACUGUUUUAGAGAUUUGCAUGCGAGGGCACUUAAUGAUUACAGUUAACUUUAUGGAAAUCUUCUGUUAACAUUUGUCCCAAAUUAUAGUUGGGAGGCAUUGUAUACUGUUAUGAAUGUGGGAAAGCUUUCAUUUUAAUCUAUCUAAUUAUUGUAAAAUGAAAUUUAUACUGUAAAGAACAUGAUGGUCUUUAUCAGUGGGUUAUUGAGCACUAUCACAGAAUUUAGGAGAGGUAUGAUUUGUCACAGAGUCCUAGAAUUUACGUUUCACCACCUUGACUUCAAGAAUAUGAUUUAUAAAUGAUGAAAUAGUCAAAAUAGAUCUGGGAAAAAUUUCAAAACUUGAAACUAAAAAUUAAACUAAACUAAAAAUAAAAACAGGCUAUUUUGCAAUGAAAAAAUGAUGAGAGUUUGUAUCAGACUACUAAUCUCCUACCCAAUAUCCAUUUUCCCUUUUAAUAAAUUCUGGACUGCAAAACUGUCAGCCUCCCUUGCAGAUCAACAAGAUAAGACAUUGUAUUUAUAUGAAUAGAACAUUUAAAAAAUCCAUUUUCUAGCUGGGUGUGGUGGUGCAGAGGCAGUCGAAUCUCUGUGAGUUCAAGGCCAGCCUGGUCUACCUAGUGAGUUCCAGGACAGCUGGGGCUACAGGGAGACCCUGUCUCAAAAAGACCAACAAAAAAAAUCCAUUUUCCUUUCUGAUUCUUUUCCCCCUGCUUGCACUGUAGACAAGUGGAUGGUAGAGCAGAGUAUAAAAGGAGUCUGUGACCCUGGUGAUUUUGUAGAACAGUCAUGCCACCUCUGCUCUGCCUGUGUAUUUAUAAUUAAAGUAAAACUUUUGUUGAUA